AUGUCCCUAUCGUACUCGUUCAACACCACCAUCUUCACUGAGAAUCGCGACCUGGUCGCAGCCCUCCAACCUCAAACCAACUGCGCUCGAACCGCUCUGACUCUCAUCGUGUCGGAUUGUGGCAAAUUAUCCUCUUUCAACGAAGACCAGCAAUUGCGAGUGUCGCUGGCGGUGGGCCUGGCGGUUUGCGAAUUCAAGGCGGCCCAGGUGACAUACCCAGACGCAUGUAACAACAUUGAAGACUGGAUGUCGACAUCGGCCUGCACACAACAACUCGUGUCGUCGCCUCAGUGGUGGACCACCUACCACGGAUGCUACAACUCCGUCAAACAGAUCUGCCACAUGCACGAGGCCAGCCGAGAAUGCGACCGCGCGCUAAAAACCCACAGCCAGAUUGUCGACAUGCAAGAAAAAUUGCACACCAAGAUGGACCAGUACUGGGAACUGGUAGAAACCAUGUCGGAUCACAGAGACGCGGUGCUGGAUUACUGGAACGACACGUUUGACUUUAUGAGCGAGACUCUCGCCCACAUGAAGGAAACCUCGGUGUCCCUGAAUGCCGUCUACAGAGAUAACUUUGCUCAGGCACAGGAGCACUUCCAGAUGCUGUCAGAAAAUCUACAGGAGGCAAGGGUACAAAUGGAAAACCUCGGGUGGGCCGCCCAGGAUGCAGUCGUCUCGUUGUCCAAGUCUACACUCGCAGAACAAUCUCUGGUGUCGGAAAGACUCAAGAAUGACGCCUCCAGCUUACACAAACUGUUGGUACUGGCACACCAAGACACCACAGAGAGCUUUGAGACCCAGCUGCAACAGUCACUCACAAUACUAGUUGAGUCUAGCGACAAUGUGCUUCUCAACCAUGUGCAGCAAGUAAGUUCACGACUGUCUGCUCUCAUGUCCGACCUCGAAGAGAGCCAGAAGAAGAACAUGGAUAUGCAACAUCAGCUGCAGCAAAAGGUGAGAACGAUCAACGAUGACAUCGAGGGAUUCACAGACACGGUUAAGCAGGGGCUGGAGGCUAGCCACUCGCUUCUGAACCUGGUCAAGUCGAAAAUCCAACUCGUCAACGGCGUCGUGAGCAUUUUCAGUCGACCUGUCAGGAGUGCAUUCCAACUGGCCAGCUUCAUCAUCAUGAUCAGAGCGGCAUUCAUCGGAGGAAUCUAUACCAGUAUCGGGUUGGUGAUGGGGAGUAUGCUUGGUGUUCUUGUUAUGCAGCAGGUGUAG